AUGCUUGUGACGCUUGCAGUGAGCCUGCUCGUUGUGAAUGAUGCCUCUGCGAGAGGUGGUCGCGGUGGAGGAGCUCGUGGAGGUGGAUUUAGCGGCGGGGCUAGUCGACCAUCGGUCAGCCGUUCGCCAGCGGUAAGUCGUCCCGCGCCAAGACCUGCAUCUCGACCAUCAAGCCCAAGUAUAACUCGGCCAAGCGUUUCCCGUCCGAGCGUCACGCCUCCUAGACCGAGCACUCGUCCCGCGGGAGGUGCAAGUCGUCCUGGUAGUUCACUCGGUUCACGGCCUGGUGGCGCGAGCGGGGGAGGCCGCCCAAGCUCUAGUGACGUUCAAAAGUUUCUGGGAUUAGGCUCAUCACCGGGGUCACGUCCAAGCAAUCUUCCGUCAGGGACGCGUCCAAGCACUCUCCCUGGUAACGCUGCUGGAGCGAUCGGAGGCGCUACGGCUGGAAGUGCUGCAGCAGAUUUCCUUCGUGACUCAUCUUCCCGUCCAAGUACGUUGCCUGCCGAACGCCCCGGCGCGGACAAUCGGCCAGGGGGGGAAAGACCCAUCGCUGGGAAUCGUCCCGAUCGAAUUGAUAAUCGAGGCGAGCGUCACGAGCAUCGACAAGAGCGAAGGGACGAGAUACGUGAUCACGUUCACGACCAUCCAAUUCGUGAUUUCUGGUCAGAUCAUCCGCUAUGGGGAGCCUGGGCAAUAACACGGCCAUUUCGCUGGGCCGCAUGGUCUGGAGUCACAGGUUGGGUCGACUAUGGUUGGUCGGAACCAUAUUACUACGAGUACGGCGAGAACGUUUACUACGAAGAUGGCUCGGUCUACUACGGAGAUCAGGUUUACUGCACUGAAGCAGAGUAUGCCGCUCAAGCCGAAGAGAUCGCCCAAAGUGCGCCUGAUAUCCCUGCCGAAGAAUGCGAGUGGAUGCCAUUGGGGGUCUUUGCACUGACCGAAGAUGGAGAGAGUGAAGGACCUGACCCAACUUUAUUUCUACAAUUGGCAAUCAGUAAAGAAGGAAUCAUUUCCGGAACGCUGAAUAACACCGUUACGAAUGAGACACAAACCAUCGAAGGAAUGGUUGAUAAGAAAACGCAACGAUGUGCUUGGAAUGUCGUCGGAAAGUCGCGUCCAAUCAUGGAGGCUGGCAUUUCCAAUCUUACGAAAGAUACCGCACCAGCACUGGUUCACUUUGCAGAUGGGACUACCCAGCAGUAUCGAGGAUCGGUUGCCACGACGGCAACGUUGCUCCUGGCAAUUUUAGGGUGCGGUGCUCCGCCUGCAGAAGCUCCACCAAUCCGACCCGUUCGGACCAUUCAAGUCGGAAACUUGACGGCCGUUAAUAGUCGAGAGUUUCCAGGACGUGCCAAAGCCAAAGACGAAGUCGAUCUUUCGUUCCAGGUGUCAGGGCCACUUGUCUCAGUUCCUGUCGAUGUCGGCGACCUCGUCAAAAAGGGUCAAGUGAUUGCGGUCAUCGAUCCUCGCGACUUCGAG